CUCACUCGCCGCCGACGGCGCAUGCGCCCCCCACCCCGCUCGCUACGCCUUUGCUCCCUUGGUUUUCCGUCCUCCCUGGUUUCGGGGUUGUGCUUCCGGUGCGGAGGUCAGGGACAAGAUGGUGCCGCCGGUGCAGGUCUCUCCGCUCAUCAAGGCUACCUGAAACCGCGGGCCGAAGAGGAGAGAAGGGUGGCAGCGGAAGAGAAAAAGAGGCAGGACGAGCUGAAGCGGAUUGCCCGAGAACUGGCAGAAGCUCAAGAUGACAGCAUAUUAAAGUGAGAGGCCCACGUGAGCUGCGUUUCUCCAGAGCAGUAGAGGAUGAAUAAAGCUUUUUGUGUUGUGUGA